CCCCCCGCCUCAAAAAAGUUAAAAACUCGAAAAAUAGGAACUUCAAUUUCCAGGCUUUUUAGUCCUUUAAAUCUCUCUCAACCAAAAAAAUGUCGGGACGUGGGAAGGGAGGCAAGGGUUUGGGAAAAGGUGGAGCGAAGAGGCAUCGGAAAGUUCUCCGGGAUAACAUUCAAGGCAUUACGAAGCCGGCAAUCCGGAGGUUGGCUCGUAGAGGUGGCGUGAAGAGAAUCAGUGGUUUGAUCUACGAGGAGACGCGAGGUGUGCUCAAGAUCUUUCUGGAAAAUGUGAUUCGUGAUGCCGUUACCUAUACGGAGCACGCUAGGCGCAAGACUGUUACGGCCAUGGAUGUUGUUUAUGCUCUCAAAAGGCAGGGCAGGACACUAUAUGGCUUCGGUGGUUAAAGAGGAUAUUAGGACUUUAUUAAUUAGAUUUUAUAAAUCUCUUGCAACAGCUUGUUGUUUUCAUUUUGUUUGGGCUUCAAUCUUUUAAUAAAAUUUGCUCUUAUUUGAUA